AUGAAGCCCAUUGGGAAAAUCUAUUCGGAGAAGCUGCCGUACAGAAAAGCGGCACAAAUCCUCAUAGCCGCCGUCGUCAUCGUUUCGGCGGUCAUCGUAGCAUUGGCACUCACCGUUUUCCGGCCGAGGGACCCUACUGUGACGAUUGACCUCGUCGGCUUGUCAAGAGUUCAGCUGAAGGACCUAGUUUUCGCCAAGAAUCUCACAACAGCCGUCGCCAUAGGCAUUAGCAACGACAAUUACGGCAGCUUUGCAUGGACAGAUUUCACGACGGCAGUCAAGUAUAAUGGACAAGUCGUGGGCGAGAUUCCGAUUCGGGAAAAGUUGGUCCCUCAGCGCUCAUAUACAAACAUCACGACUUCCAUAACCAUGCAAUUGGACAAGUUGAAUGAAGACUUGGCAGCCGUGGCGGCCGCUCUGACCGGCGGAGGUUUGAAUCUCACUUGCUCGGUGACGGUUUAUGGCAAGAUCAGACCGCUUAGGAUUUGGCCCAGGUUCCAUGGUUCGGUUUACGUUGAUUGCGUGAGUUCUUUGUACGUCAAUACGCACCGUUCGGGUAACGAAUUCCACAUCUUCAAAGGGCAAUCUACCUGCUGGACUAAACUCAAAUUGACCUAA